AUGGAUUUCGGCGGUUGGAGAUCGUACAGCAAGCAUAUCGAAGCCCCGAUCCAAAGUUCAGAGGGACCGUCCCAAAAGAAGACCAUCUCAAAGGUCCUCGUAGCCAACAGAGGAGAAAUCGCCGCCAGCAUCAUCAAGACGCUGCACAAAAUGUGUCUCCAAGCUGUAGCCAUCUACUCCAGUUCGGACCGUGCAUCUCCCCAUGUCCGUACGGCUGACGUUGCUCUGGAACUCAAAGGCCAGACUGUUUCGGAAACAUACCUCAAUAUAAACCAAAUAAUCGAGCUGGCCAAGGCCUCCGGGGCCGACACGGUCAUCCCCGGGUACGACUUUCUGUCAGAAAAUGCGGACUUCGCAAGGGCUGUGCAGAAUGCCGGGAUGGUAUGGAUAGGUCCCACCCCAAAGCAGAUGCAUGACUUGGGACUCAAGCACAAGGCUCGGGAGAUUGCCCGUGCUGCAGAUGUACCUACUGUGCCUGGGAGCCAAGGGCUCCUCAGCUCUCUAGAUGACGCUCUUCGAGAAGCACAGCGCGUUGGUUUCUGGCUCAUGUUGAAAAACACUGCUGGUGGCGGCGGUAUAGGUCUGAGUCACUGCGAAGACGAGGAGAGCCUCGCAACGGCCUUUGAAGCUGUGUCCAGACAGUCCCAGGCGAACUUUGGAAAUGGGGGGUUGUUUCUAGAGCGGUUUAUUACACAAGCUCGGCAUGUCGAAAUUCAGAUUCUCGGUGACGGGACUGGGCGGGCAAUAGCUCUUGGUGAACGCGAUUGCUCUCUACAGCGCCGCCAUCAGAAGGUUGUUGAGGAGAGCCCGGCCGUAAUGGUUCCCCAAGACGUAAGAGACAGGAUGAAGGCGGCCGCUCUGCGCCUAGCAUCGUCGGUCAAAUAUUUGAACGUCGGCACGGUGGAGUUUGUUUACGAUAUCAACUCAGCCGAAUUUUUCUUUCUUGAACUGGUCACUGGGUUAGACCUUGUUGAGUGUAUGAUCAAAACAGCGGGCGGCCGCUGGGAUGAGCUGUUCCCGGAAUCUCAGCAGCACUUUGUUUUGACGGGUGCGUCAAUCGAAGUGCGUGUUUAUGCAGAAAGCCCACUCCAAAGCUUCCGACCAUCCGCAGGUGAAAUCACAGAGUUGAUAUUUCCUGACGACCUGAGAGUCGAUACCUGGGUUGAACAGGGCACUACGGUAACCACCGCGUAUGACCCUAUGAUAGCCAAGAUCAUAUCCCAUGGCGCUGACCGUAAAGAGGCUCUCGAAAAGCUCCUCAAGGGGUUGUCCAAUACAAAAAUUGGAGGACUUCAGACAAACCUUGAGUACCUGCGCCAGAUUCUAGCCGGUCCUAUAGACAACUAUUCCUUCCGGUUGGCCAAUCGCCUCGUUGGGAACCCCACCACUACUGCAGGUCUGGAGUACACUCUUCAACAUCCUACGCUUAAGUUUCAUCAAGAGUCCAUAGUCGCAGUUACUGGAGGCGUUGUCACAGUGACCCUAGAUGGCAGUAUAGUCGCUAUUUCAAAGGCUAUCAAGGUUCAGCCGGGACAAGUCCUGCGGCUUGGGGAGAUUGAGCAUGGUUAUCGUAUGUACAUUGGAAUCCGCGGUGGCAUCAAUGUUGUCCCAGUAAUGGGCAGUAGGAGCACCUUUGAAAUCGGCAAGCUUGGUGGAUUCCAUGGACGAAAGCUACGAGCGCAUGACAUUAUACCGAUAUUUCCCUCUGAUACAUCCGAUACCGCCACCAGUAACCAAACAAUUCGCCCCAUUCCGAUCCCACACCAGCCGAACGCUGAAUGGCUAAUUCGAGUUGUUCCUGGCCCUCAUGGUGCUCCAGAUUGCUUCACAGAAGACUCGGUCAAACGGCUCGUCUCAGAGGGCUGGAAGGUUCACCACAAUAGCAAUAGACUGGGCGUCCGUCUCAAAGGCCCUUAUCCCGAGUGGGCACGAUCUUCAGGUGGCGAAGUUGGCUUGCAUCCCUCUAAUAUCCACGAUAGCCCAUACUCGGUGGGCAGUGUCAGCUUCACAGGCGAUGAAGCCGUGAUCCUGACCUGCGACGGACCUAGCCUUGGAAAAUUCGUUGUCUUCUGCGUCAUUGCCAGCGCAGAUAUGUGGAAGAUUGGCCAAUCAAGACCAGGAGAGGUUCAAACCCGUCACCCUUGA